AUGCCUCCCGCCUACGCACAGGAACGACUCUCCUCGUCCAACCCAUACUCACACAGCCCUCUGCAGCAGCAGCCGGAAACACGCGAGCCUCCACCCGCCUGGGGGCACGAGGACGACGUUGAGGACGCGGCGAAUGGGAACUGGGAUGUCGGCAAGAAGGACGUUAUUGAAUGGGGCGUGAUUGGUGGGGACAAGGAAGCUGAGGGGAUGAAAGACAAGACGGGGCUGGGUAUGGGUUGGGGAAGGACGAAGGGACCAAAGGUGCUACAAAGCGUAUGGAGAGAAUGGACGGAAGCAGAAGAAUUUAGAACAAGGUUCGAGGUCCUCACGGCAGAAGAAGUAGAGAGGCGAGAAGUGGAAAAGGAGAGAGCCAGCAGACUCCCAGCUCUUAUCAAGGCGCUCAUAAAUCCUGUCGAGGAGGUGCCCAAUACCAUUCAACUUCUCUCGGCUACCACAUUCGUUUCCGAAGUAGACUCUGCUACGAGGGCGAAGACCUGUGCAACUGCCAAUCACUUGGAUGUUGUCAACGUUGCAUGGCUCGAGAACUACCUCGUCAGCCUGAAGACCUGUACCUCCAUCAUCGUCUGA